UUGUUCCAGGUUCUGUGGUGGCUGACAGCGUAUCGAUAUGGCUGGUUUCCUCUGUUCAGCACGCGAUGGCAAAUGCCUGUCGUCAUGUUGCUUGGCUCUACCGUCUCCGGCAUGACAUCUGAAGGCGGAGGAGCCGUUGCAUUUCCUAUUAUGACGCUGUGUCUUCAAAUCGAUCCACUAACGGCUAGAGACUUUUCCUUGAUGAUACAAUCAUUCGUAAUGCCAUAG